AGACUUAUGACCAAGAACAUUUCCACUGUGACCAUCCUAUUUUUUAGUGGUUCUUACAAGCAUUGUGAUAAACCAUGGGGAAACCUGUGAAAGACAACUCGGAUUCCAGCCAGCCAAAAAUUUCAUUUUUUAUGAAUAAUUCAAAUAAAAGCAUGUUUUCUGGUGUUGGAAAACCAAAUUUCAAAAAUCGAUUACGGCUGUCAAAAAAGGCCUCAACUGUUUAUGUGGCAGAACAACCAGAAAAUUUCACAAAUAGUCAAUUUAAAGCAUGCGACCAAACAGAAAUUUCUAAAAGUACCAAAAAGCCACCUAUUUCAUGUCAGACCUCCACUGAUCCAUUGUUGUUUAAAAUGUAUGGUAGUCAAAAACAGAAAAUCACAGACAUUAAUGAAUCAAAUACAAUUCCUGAUAUACAACCUGAAGGAUCUUGUUCUAAAAAAUCUCCUGUUUUUGAUGAUUUAACUAAUUUUGGUCCAUAUCCUCUCCCAACUACUUCAGGCAUAUUGAAAUCAGUAAAAGAGGAAACUGCUCAUCUUCACAAAUCAGAUGAAAUUUCCGAAGUCUCUCAUCAUCCGACCUGUACAAAGAAUGACGAUGCGUCUGAUAAUUUAACUACUUCCAGUAUACAUCCUCUGCUAAGUUGUUCCAGUCUGUCAGAAUCUAUGAAUGCAGAAACUGUUAAUCUUGAUGAUUCCAACAUUAUUCUUGAAACACCAGUUAAAGAAAUUUGUAUCAAAAAAGCAAAUGUAUUUGAUGGCAUUGGAAAAUUUGUUCAAAACUCUCCUCAACAUAAUACAGACAUUCCAGGAAGCGAAGAAAAGUCUGAAAUGGAAAUAUUUUCUUGCUCUGUUUCUCCUAACCAUAACAUUUCUAAUUUUCCUGAAAAAUCUAAUUCUCCAAUAUUUGCAAAGCAGCCUGAAACUAGUCAUUAUUCAGAUACUCUUGAGAGAAUACAAAAAAAAUCUUUUGCACGCAGUUUUCUUUCUUCCUCUUCUGAUUUAAAAAAUACAGUGGAAAACCGAAUAAAUAAAAAAGCAGAUUGUAAAAGUAAACUAAAGUCUAAAAUUUCAAAGAAAUCUAUGAAGAAGGUUGAAUCACUACAGAAAAAAGACAGUAUUGUAGAAUAUACUACACUGAAAUUAGCAGAACCAAUUAAUAAACCUCUGACCCCUGUAAAAAAUUACACUGGUUUGUCAGGAACAUCUGUUAAACGGUUAGCAGUUCCAGGUUGUUCACCAUUAUCAAAACGUUCCCUCAGCAGUGAAUUAAAUAAAACUGGACUAUCACUUAAUACUGGAUGUAGCAUUGAGUUAUCUAAUUUAUUUCUUGAUAAUAGUGAUGAUAAUGAAAACAAUACGCUAGAAGAUCACAGUUUAAGUGAAGCCUAUUCAGAUGAGCAGUUAGCUAUGUGGGAAAAUUUAAACCCGGACCCAAAUGAUGUUUGGGAGCAAAAUGAUUCUUUAAAAAGCCCAGUUCAAAAUUUUCCAAAGAAUUUGAGUGCUUGUAAUGAACUUAAAAAAUCUAAUGUUAAAAAUAAUUUAAGUGUUUCUACUUUGAGAAAAAAUGAUGGUAGUAAUACUGAAAAUAAAGUGUUUAAUUGGUUGGGUGCAAAAAAAGAUAUGGUUCCUAAAAAACUAAAUAAUACAAAUGAUACAUUUCUGUCUGAAAUUCUCGCAGAAAUUCCUGUUGCUAAAAGCCAAAACUUAUCUAAAGGAAAACAAGUUAUGACUGAAGUAAAGAUUAAUAUGGAAAAAAUUUCAAAAAGUGAACCUCGUAUUGAAAAUGGAUCUGUUAUUAAUGAUAAUGAAAUAUUAUCUGAAAUUCUUAAAGAAAUAAAUUCCAGUGAUAAGGGAUUAUCAAACAACCUCAUUAACCCUAACCAUAUUCAAAGUAAUAUUUCUCCAGAUAUGAAACAUAAUCAUUCCAAUGAUGUAAAUAUGCAAAGAUCCAGUGGUAUUAGUCUGAAUGAUACUAGUAAAAAUGAUAAUGCAAAUUUAGUGGAUGUUAAUUUGAAACACAUUCAGGACAAACCUAACUCGCCUACCUCAUUCUCUCCAGUUCCCAACAUAAAACAUAUUUCUUCUGUGAGCAAUAACAAUAUUUCCUCAGAACCACAAAGCAAACUUGAUGAAGAAGAAAAUAUUGAACUUUCUCAGUGGAAUUCAUCAUUUGACUUUGAUGAUGUGCCCAAGUCAACAGCAUCUGAUGAUGAAUUCUGUGAUGAUAUAAAAAAUCUUUCUCCUUUUAAAUCUAAAACAAAAACUUCCAAAGAUAAUCCACUGACUUGUUCUCCUGUGUGUUCAUUAUAUAAUCGCUACCAAGUCAAUGAUGUCAAAUAUCAAGGACAAGAUAUUGAGUUGGUUUUGACCAACCAAGAUCACGCAAUUUCAUGUAUGCUACAUGGUUUUUGGUGUUAUAGCUAUGCUGCUGUAGGUGAUAUUGUCCAUGUUCUUGAUGCCAGCAUUGAUUCAGCUGGUGUUUAUCACAUAACUGAUGAAACAGGGUUACUUGUCAUUAAUCCUGACUUUUUGGUCUCUAGCACAACUGUCGUGUCAUCUUUGUUUUGUAUGAGAAAAGCAGUUUUGAAUGAGAGGUUCAGAGGAAUUGACAAAGGAAACUUGCAUAUGUUAUAUGGGAGUAUUGUGCAUUGUCUUUUACAAGAGGUUUUAAGAAAUAAAAUUUUCAAAGAAAAGGAAAUUAUAUUAUUAACCAAAUCAAUUAUGAAAAGGAAAUAUAUUCUACAUGAAAUUUAUGGUCUUGGUACUGAUGAAUCUGUGGUGCUGGCAGCAGUUUUAAAAUAUAUUCCAAAUAUUGUGAAAUGGAUUGAGCAUCAUACAGAUUUUAUGAAGCAACAGAGUGGUAGUGAUGUCAGUAGAACUAUAGUUACGUCUGUCUGUGAUAUUGAAGAAAAUAUUUGGUCACCCAGGUUUGGUUUGAAAGGAAAAAUUGAUCUCACUGUGGAAAUCAAAACACACAAUUUAAAAAGGAAAGUAGUGCCCCUUGAAUUGAAGACUGGAAAUCCUUCUUUUUCUGCUGAACAUAAAGGCCAGGUUACUUUGUACACUAUGAUGAUGUCUGAUCGCCGAGAAGAUCCAAAAGAGGGUUUACUUCUUUACUUGAAAGAUCAACCAAACAUGAGUCCUGUUUCAGCUGAACAUCAAAAUAAAAGAGGAUUAAUCCAGCUCAGAAAUGAGAUUUUGUAUUAUAUACAAAACAGUUUACUUAGAGAAAAUUCACUUCCAGAGGAUUUAUCAAAACUUCUUGGUAAAUUACCUGAGCCCAUCAACAAUGUGUCUGCUUGUAGUAAAUGUCCCCAUCUUCUAAGCUGCUCUAUUUAUCAAAAUUUUUCUUCAGAUGUUGAGAACAUGACUAAAAACCGUAAAGAACUUCACCAAAUAUCUUUAUCUCAUUUAAGCCAGUCACAUAUUAUUUUUUUCAUUCGCUGGUGUAUCAUGAUUGAAUUUGAAAAACAAAGCAGUAUCCAUGGCGAAGGGAUCCGUGAUAUAUGGUGCUCAACUGGCAUUGACAGAGAAAAAAAAGGGGAAUGUAUUAGCAACCUCCAGUUUUGUGGCUCUCAAACACUCCCUGACACAGAAAAAUUUCUCAACUCGUUUAAAAGACACCCAUAUUCCAACUUACAUCAGUCUUUUGAACCCAUUAAUACAGUUGGAUUGAAUGUUCAUGACAGUGUUGCAAUUAGUGUUGAAGACAAACAACAGAUUGUUAUUUGUAGAGGAUACAUUUACAGUAUUUCUGAGGAUCAUCUUGUUGUUAUGUGUGACAGGAGCUUUGAUGACCACCUCAAUGUUAAUACAGAAAUUUUCAAAGUCGACAAAUGUUCUGACUGGGAGAAUUGGGGCACAUGCUAUAAUAAUCUGAUAACUUUAAUGGCAAAUACUGCUCACAGUGAAAGAUUAAGACAAUUGAUAAUUGACCAUGAAAAACCUAGAGUGCAUUCAACAUUAGGAAAAAGCACUGUUCAGAAAGUUAAAUCUAUUUUCAAGCCUUUAAACAAACUUCAAAAAGUGGCACUUUUAAAGGUUUUCAUGAGUGAAGACUAUGUCGUUAUCUGUGGUUAUCCAGGGACAGGGAAAACUUCCACUAUAGUUGCCCUCAUUCAGAUGCUAGUUGCUAGUGGUAUUUCAAUAUUAGUGGCCAGUUUUACCCACUCUGCUGUUGACAAUAUACUUCUUAAACUGAGAAAAGAAAAAAUCCAGUUUUUACGUAUGGGCCGGAAGGAUCGUAUCCACCCUGAUAUCUACCCUUAUUCAACAGAUGAACUGACUAAGAAUGUGAAAUCUGUGCAGGAAUUGAAAGCUGUAUAUGAAUCCAUUAAUGUUGUUGCAACUACAUGUGUGGGCAUGUCCCAUACACUCUUUUCUCAAUGUCAACGUCAGUUUGAUGUCUGUAUUAUUGAUGAAUCCUCUCAAGUGAUGCUGCCCAUGUGCCUUGGCCCUUUAUUUGCUGCCAAAAAAUUCAUUUUAGUUGGAGAUUCAAAACAACUUCCUCCUAUUGUCCAAAGCGAUCAGGCCAAGAGUUUAGGCAUGGACAAAAGUCUUUUUGUAGAGCUUGAAGAUAAGGGUGCAACUGUGCAGCUAAAUCUUCAGUAUAGAAUGAACAGAGAGAUAAUGUUACUGUCAAAUGAGCUGAUUUAUGAAGGAUGUCUACAGUGUGGUAAUGAAGAAGUAGCAACACGAACCAUUCAACCUUCUAAGUGUGUUAAAAGGAAAUCUAAUCUCCCAUCCUGGAUGCUAGAUGUUGUCAGUGGAGCAUUGAAUAAAGCAGUUCUGUUUCUCAAUACAAAAAUGGUUCCAGCUCCAGAAACUUACAAUACGAGAGGAGAAGUUCAAAAUAACAUUGAGGCACAGUUGAUUGCUAUGAUAGUCUCAGCUUUCCAAACGGAUGGCAUGUGCCUCAGUGAUAUUGGUGUUAUAGCUCCAUACAGAAAUCAAGUAAAACUUGUCCAGCAAACACUGAUUAAUGUAAUCGGAAAAGAAGCUGCUCAGUAUGUAGAGGUGAAUACAGUUGAUCAGUAUCAAGGCCGUGAUAAAGAUAUAAUCAUAGUAACAUUUGUGAGAAACAGUUCCAAAGAAAAUUUAAAAUCUUGCAAUGCUGGUGGAAUCCUGAAAGAUAUCCGACGAUUAAAUGUUGCAAUGACUCGAGCAAAAUGUAAGCUUAUUUUCAUUGGAAAUGCUGAAACCCUUGAAAUAUUCAAACCACUUGCAGACUUAAUGACGCUAUUGAUCCAAAGACAACUUAUAAUAAAUUUACCUUCUCAGGCUACCAUCUUUUGAAGCAUCAGGACUUGUGUGACAUAGUGGCAAACUGAAUUUACAGUAUGAACAUUAAAACUUGAAAGCUAUAUAAAUCAUAUCAUUGAGAGAUUAUAAUUUAUUUGUUUGACUUU